GCCAAUUUAAAAUUCUGUAACAUAGCGCUAAUUUAUCGCUUUCACAGAAAUGAAUGUCGUUAUGGUCAAAUAUACCACGAUUCAGUUACAUGCGUUGCGCUACAUCUCCAGUACAAUUCCCAGUGCUUGUUGGUCUGAAAAGGGUUCAAGAGUUAGCGGUUUAAGACAGCCACCAGGCUUUGUUCCGCCACAUAUAUGGCUGAAGCAGCGACAGGAGGAUCAAGCCCUCAAAACACUUUUGUUUGGUGCAACAAAAAAGGAAAAUACAGUAGCCGAGAAGCAAUACCUUUCAUACGCUUCCCAUGCUUCUGUGUCUGGUACACCAGUCACAGGAAACUUCUCUUACGAAAUUGCUAAUAAUAUCAAUGAAAUUCCGAAAUUGGAUGUAAAAUUGUUAUGUAAUCUUAACAACAUGGGGCUGUCUGAACUUACUCCAGUUCAGAAACACGCCAUUGGUAUUAUGUCGAUUGAUGAGUAUGAAAAGAUUGAUUUGAAGAGAAAUGAUGAGGAUACUCCAGAUAAUUUACCGCUUUAUGAACGUGUUACUGGUAAAUUCGAUCUAAUGGCAGCUGCGCAAACUGGAUCGGGUAAAACACUAGCCUAUCUCAUUCCAUCCUUCAAUCGUUUACUCAGAGUUUAUCCAUAUGAAGCAAUGCAGUCUCUGCUAGAAUGCAACGGGUGUCAGUAUCCAUCGUUGUUGAUUUUGGCACCAACUCGUGAGUUGGUUCAACAAAUACUGUCAGAGUCACUCAAGUUAUGCAACCAAACUUUUGCUCGUCCAGUAGCUGUAUAUGGUGGUGAACGACCAGACAAGCAAUUGUCUGAACUGAGUAAAGGGUGUCAUGUAAUGAUUGCAACUCCUGGGAGACUUUUGGACUUUUUACAACGUGGCGCAAUAUGUUUGCAAUUCUGCAGAUCCUUGGUACUUGAUGAAGCAGAUCGAAUGUUGGAUAUGGGUUUUGAAAAACAGAUACGUCAAAUAUUAGAGUCUCCAAGAUUUAAAAUGCCACCGCCUACAGGAAACUGUCGACAAACUGUACUGUUCAGUGCAACCUUUCCACAUGAAGUAACUUUGUUAGCCACAGAAUUUCUGCGUGGGCCAAGUUGUGUUUCUCUUAGUCUCACUAAUCCAGAACAUGAAACUGGCACUGUGGUUCCUGCAUGGGGUCAACGAGUACGCAGUAGUAAAGACGACGAACUUAAUCGUCUUAGUCGAAUAAUUCCAAAAGAAAUUAACCAACGUUUUGAAGUAGUCGAUGGAAAACCAGAUCGAGCUAUGCCUGGACGUCUUCUACAGUUAAUUCAAGAAACAAAAUUUAAAACCGAAUCAGAUUCGGAUGCACAAGAUGAAAGUGUAUGUCGAAUACUUGUAUUCUGUAACACUAAAAGAGAAGUAGAUGAUAUUGAUGGUUAUUUGCGUUCUAAAGGUGUCAAAUGUACUUCGAUUCAUGGUGAUAAGCCACAAAUUGCUCGUAGUAAAGCCAUGGAAUUAUUCCGUAAAGGAGCAGUCCAUGUUCUUGUCGCCUCAUCGGUUGCUGCCCGGGGCAUUGAUAUUCCCAAUGUCCAUACUGUGGUUAAUAUUGGACUGCCAUCGGAAGUAGAUGACUACGUUCAUCGAAUCGGGCGAACUGGUCGCAUGGGUAAUUCAGGUAAUGCUGUAACACUGGUCAGUGAAGCGUUGCUUGAAGAAAGGCAAAGCAGUAAAAUAGUGUCACGUGGAAUUUGUCAACUUUUGAAUGCAGCUGGCUUAAUACAUGAGGUUCCCCAAUUAAUAUUGGAUUAUGCCGAUAUGGAUAUCGAUGGAAGUGAAGAUGGUUCACAGCUUUAUGCUAAAAAGAAGUACUCAGAUUCCAGAUCACAUUCAUUCUUUAAAAGUUACGGAACCAGAUACACCAAUAAUAAGUUUAACAGAAGAUACGAUUAAAUGAAGAUAAUCAUCUUGGUUUGUGCGGUCGUUAUUUCAUUUGUAGUAUACACAUAUUCUGCUUUCC